GAGGCGGAAGUGGCGUGCUGCCUGCGUUCUCUGGCCAACAGCAGAGGGAGAGAGUGAGCGAGAGAAAUGGCGCCUCGGCACUCUAGCUGAGAGACAGUCAAUACAGAGGGAACUGACAGAGCCGAGAGGAAACAAUACGGUAGAGAAAAAAACAUGGUGAACACAAGAAAAAGCACGCAGCUCCAGCCAUGCAGUCCUGUCAUCUCCGGGCGGACGAGGUCGUCUCUUAGGAACAACCCAAACUUGGAAGAACACAACCAUAAGGACCCCAGCAGUAAUAUCAGCUCUGGUAGCCCGCGCUUGUCCCCUCCGUCUAAACGAAAACGCAGACACACGACGCCUAGCUCCAGUGACACUUCCCCAAGUCCCCAGAGCAAAGCGCAGAGAGUUACAUGGAGCACAUCCAAACACUGCACCAGGUUAUCCACUGGUGCUUUGCAAAAUGGACACGGCCGAAGAAGCCUGCGGGUAGAUGACAGCACAGAUGGGGACGAUGCUCGCUUGAAUGGCCAUGUUGAGCUGAAGAGGAGCUGUCGCUCUAGGAAGAGCCGCUUUCAGCACCUCAACCAGAGCCUGCUGUUUGACCAACUGGUCAACAGCACGGCAGAGGCGGUGCUUCAGGAGAUGGACAACAUCAGCAGCAUACGACAGAAUAGGGAAGUGGAGCGGCUCCGGAUGUGGACAGACACAGAACUGGAAAACAUGGAUAUGUAUUCGCGUGUGAAAAGGCGGAAAUCGAUGAGGAGGAAUACAUUUGCAAUGCAGACACACCAUAAAGUCAUGGGCAAAUCUGAAGCUCCAGAAGAGGAGGAAAGGGAGGAAGAAGAGACUGAUGAAUCCCAUGAGGAGGGAGAUGAUGAUGAAGGGGAAGAUGAUGAAGAUGAUGAAGGAGAUGAAGCAGAGGAAGCAGGAGAGGAGAAUGACAGACCUUACAACCUCAGGCAGCGUAAAACUGUGCAGCGUUAUGAGGCACCACCCAUUGUGCCAGUGAACAGAAAACAAAGCAAGAACACAGUGUUUGACACGCACAGAUCCCCUGCAAGAAGAAGCCAUAUUAGAAUAAAGAAGCAUGCCAUCCACAGUAGUGAUACAACGUCCUCAUCGGAUGAGGAGCGUUUUGAACGGAGAAAAAGUAAAAGCAUGACACGUGCUCGGAACAGAUGUCUACCUAUGAAUUUGCGAGCAGAGGACCUGGCCAGUGGCGUGCUUCGUGAUCGGGUGAAAGUUGGUGCUAGUUUAGCUGAUGUGGACCCCAUGAAUCUGGAUACCUCUGUGAAGUUUGACAGUGUAGGAGGGCUUACUGCUCACAUUAAGUCUCUCAAGGAGAUGGUGGUGUUUCCUCUUCUCUACCCUGAAGUGUUUGAGAAGUUUAAGAUCCAGCCUCCAAGGGGUUGCCUGUUCUAUGGACCUCCAGGGACAGGGAAGACUUUAGUGGCUCGGGCGCUGGCUAAUGAGUGCAGUCAGGGUGACAGGAAGGUUUCCUUCUUUAUGCGAAAGGGAGCCGACUGCCUCAGCAAAUGGGUGGGAGAGUCAGAACGACAGCUCCGCCUUCUCUUUGACCAGGCAUACCUCAUGAGACCAUCUAUCAUCUUUUUUGAUGAGAUUGAUGGCCUUGCACCUGUUCGUUCUAGCAGACAGGAUCAGAUUCACAGCUCCAUAGUUUCCACAUUGCUGGCUUUAAUGGAUGGUUUGGACAGCCGAGGGGAGAUAGUGGUCAUUGGUGCUACAAACAGACUUGACUCUAUCGACCCUGCACUCAGGAGGCCUGGUCGUUUUGACCGGGAAUUUCUGUUCAACCUGCCAGAUAAACAGGCUCGAAAGCACAUUUUAGAAAUUCACACCAGGGAUUGGAACCCAAAGCUGUCAGAUUCCUUUAUGGAUGAGUUGGCAGAAAAAUGUGUCGGUUACUGUGGUGCCGACAUCAAAGCACUUUGCACGGAGGCUUCACUGGCGGCAUUGCGGCGGCGCUAUCCUCAAAUAUACAGCACCAGCCAGCGCUACAAACUGGACGUUGGCUCUAUCGUGCUGGGGCCGCAGGACUUUGGCCGUGCUCUGCGCGCUAUUGUUCCAGCUGCUCAGAGAGCUCUCGCACCACCAGGCCGGGCUUUGUCCUGCACACUGCAGCCUCUGCUGGAGAGAUCACUGGCCCACACACUCACCUGCCUGCUCCGAGUCUUCCCCCAUGCAGAGCUCCCACACAGGGAACAAACACACGACUCUGACAAUCACCUGCUGGAGGAGGACUCUUACAGUGAGGGUGAAGAUGGAGCUAGUGCUCAGUCCAUUUAUGAUGUUCAGCCAGGAUCCCCAAAGAAAUCACACUCCUCCAUAGUACACAAACCCUUCCUUCAUUUUACUACGUCUGCCUAUCAGCAGCCAACCUCAUACCGACCACGGCUUUUGCUAACAGGCCCUCAGGGUUCGGGUCAGAGCACGCACCUGGCCCCGGCUCUGCUGCAUCACCUCAACAAGUUCACUGUGCACCGCCUCGACCUGCCCACUCUCUACUCUGUCAGUGCCAAGACCCCAGAGGAGUCCUGCGCUCAGGUGUUUCGGGAAGCACAGCGGAGUGUGCCAAGUGUAAUCUACAUGCCACACGUCAGUGAUUGGUGGGAGGCCAUAAGUGAGACGGUGAAGAGUACGUUCCUCACACUGCUGCAGGAUGUUCCCUCGUUCACCCCACUCCUCAUCCUUGCCACGGCUGAGAUCAGCUACCAGCAGCUCCCUGAAGAGGUAAAAUGCAUCUUCAGUCGCUCCUAUGGUGAGGUGGUGUGUCUAACAACACCUGGGGAAGAGGACCGCAGAAAGUUCUUCAGUCAUCUCAUACUGGUGCAAGCAGCCAGGCCACCACUCCGCCCGAGAAAAAAAGUGUGUGAUCUUGAGGUGCUGCCUCUGGUGGAAGACCCUGGCCCUCGGCAACUCUCUCCAGAGGAGCAGAAGCGACUUGAGGAGCAGGAGGAGAACACCCUGCGCGAGCUCCGCCUCUUUCUCAGGGACGUCACCAGGCGGCUGGCCACCGACAAGCGCUUCCACAUCUUUAGCAAGCCUGUAGAUAUCGAGGAGGUAUCAGAUUAUCUUGAGGUCAUCAGAGAGCCUAUGGAUUUGUCCACUAUCAUGACGAAGAUUGACACUCAGAAGUACACAACUGCGAAAGACUUUCUGAAGGACAUUGACCUCAUCUGCAGUAAUGCGUUGGAGUACAAUCCGGACAAAGAUCCUGGAGAUAAGAUAAUUCGACACAGGGCUUGCAGUCUGAAGGAUUCGGCUCAUGCAAUGAUCGCCUCUGAGCUGGACCCAGAGUUUGACCGCACGUGUGAGGAGAUUAAAGAGUCUCGAAGGAAAAGAGAGUUCCAGAUGCCACAGCAGCCAGCUUCCACUCCAACAUCUGUAAUAGGCAAGAGGCCUGUUGGUGGAGAAGAGGCUACUGGCAGCACGUCUCAGGCUGAUGUGGUGGAAAAGCAACACAACAGUAGCAUAAAGCGCAAGGCUCGGCGUCGGUCGAUUUGGGAGCGGGGCAUCAUCAGGAAGAAGAAGAGCAGCAAAAAGGAGGAGGUAGAAGAUGAUGAUGAGCCUGAGGAAGAGGAAGGAGCUGAUGACUCAACCAUUGCUGGCCAGGGUAAUAUCAGUCCGGCUCAGGACGAGUCCUCCUCUGAUACCAUGGAACCCCAAAGUGAUAAAGCCCUUCCCCAACCCAAUGGUUAUGCUCUGAGCACUGAAGAGGAGAACUCCAGUGAAGCCACCACAACUCAAGAUCCUCAAGGCCAAGUUAAGGCCAAUACGACUACCUUUAAGAACCCUCCUUCUGUAGAGGGCAAAGUGGCAACAGUGCUCUCUGAGCCCCAAGAGUGUGUAAAUGGAGACGAGUCAAUGGACAGUAUAGACAGUGAAGCCAAUGAAAAGGAAUCAGGGAGUAGUAGAAAGGAGGUCACAGCUUCUUUCAGCAGAGGGGAGCAGGCUCGAUCGGAAGAUGUGUUACAAGAAUGCAAGGCAAAUGAUUGCACCCCAGCAGCAGAUGGAGCAGCUGGUGAUGGAGUUCAUGAAAAAGAAGGUACUUCCAAAGAGAAGACGUGUAGAAAAAGCCAAUCAGAACAGCAGAAGGAAGUCCUAGCAGAGAGGCCAGAGGAUCCCCCACAGCCUCCACCUCCACCUGCUUUAGUUGUAGACCAUCAUCGACUCAAGGCCCUGCUAGAUCAGGUUGUGAUGAAGAGUAAGGGCUACAGUGUGGAUCAACUGGAAAGACUUUUCUCGGUGCUCAGCCAGUGUAUUUAUCAGUACCGCAGGGAUUACGACAAGACCUGCCUGAUCGAGGAGAUGGAGAGGCAAGUCCAGCAUUUCAAUACAUUCCUGUGAUGAAACAAGGUGAUCGUAAUCAGAGACUCCUGCGAAGCAAAAAGGAGACCAACUUAAAGAACCAACCUGCUACAGCGAGCCGAGCAGGUUUGGUAUUAAAUGGCAAAGGAGGAGUUAAAGGAGACUUGCAAAGACUUUUAGUGGCAACCUUGGUGCUAUUGUCUCAGGUACCUGGACAGAACUAGUCUACAGAACCAAACACAAGUCAAGACUCAUAUAGGUUUCAGAAACAUUUAUGCCAAUUUCUAACGGGCGUUCUUGGUGCUAUUAGGUGCUAUUGUUUAUCCAUUUGCUGCUCCUUGAGUUUCUUUAAAAAAAAAAAGUGUGAAAAGAAAAAAAAAAAUCAUCAUAUUAAAAAAGAUUGUGUGAUGUCAGUUAAACACCUUGGUCUCAUUUGUCAGGAAGAGACAGCACACACCACCACACAGGCACAGAUUCUCACCAGCAGUAAAACCCCACAGGAAUGAGGUGUAAUGCCAUGAGGUCAUACCAGUUUGUUACUGACUGUGGAAACUAAUUACAUCAUUCUCCGUCUAUGAACGCCAUCUUAAUGCGUUGUGUCCCUGUGACCUUCAGCCAGUAGGCAUUUAAAUGUAAGCAGUGUGUAACUGCAGUGAUACUCCUGCCCAAAAAAACACACAUUUUCUAACACAGAAUUGUAAGCAUUUUCUACCUGAUGCAUGUGGUAUAUCCUUUGCAGUGAAAAGCUGAAGCGCCAUCGUAUUAAGAAAAUCCUCAAAAUUGAUGGCUACUUUUAUUAAAGUGGAAUUAUCAGAAUACCAUGAUGCAGUAAACCCAGUUUCGAUUAUUUUUUGUAAAUUUUGAAAUAACUAGUAACAUAUCUAGCGUCAGGAAUGUUUUCCAAAAGACUUGUUGCCUCUUAAAAGUCUAUCUCUUCCUGGCCAAUGAGCAUUUACAGUUUGGUAUUGUCAUGGCCACAUACAUUUUUGUCUUUUGGGAAAAGAUGGCUUGUGUCACCCCUUUUCACUUAAGACUGUUUAACAAAUGGCUAACUCUAAAUUGUUUUCUCUGUAUGUUUUUUUUUUUUUAUUUUUUAUCAAUCCAUUUAUCGAUCAGCACACCCACCUGAUUUUUACCCUCAAGACAAUUGUUCUGACACCAGUUGGUUACGCCAUGACUUUAUGUUGUAAUAUUUUGUAACAUUUUCUUUUUUAUUACCUCUUAGUUUGAGUUAUAUGAAUGCUAAGAUUGUUUGCAUUAAUGAAUGAUGAACAAGGCAAUUUUAGCCAGCGUGGUUUGUUCAGUAUAUGGAGCAUUAUUAUUGCGUUCAAAUUGUUUUUUAAAUGGUAUUUUGGCUUUUUUUUGUCUAUGGUUUAGUUGCAUUAAGAUCUUUGAAUAGUAGCUACUUAUUCUUUUAGUAGCUAGGUUCUAGCUGGUUUUUGGCCUAGUGUGUUUAAUUGCCAAGGCCUUUUCUCUGAAAGAAAUGAACUGCUUCUUUCUUCAGUUUGCAGAAAAAUAUUUCUGAAGUUAAGACUCAUCUCAAUUUUAUGUAAAGCUGAGUAUACUUACAAACCAUUUAAAAACAUGCAAAAAGAGAAAUUAGCUCUGGACUACUGCAGCGAGAUGGAGAACUCUGGCUACCUCAGUUAAAAAUUAUUUAAGACAACAUGUUUAUCGAAGACAUACAGUAUUUGUCAACAUCUGUAACAUCACUGCACCUUUUACCAUUUGAAAGCCCAGGUACUGAGCAACAAGUCCUGUGGCUGAUGCAGUAAUCCAUCCUUUUGCGUGGUUUUUGGUUCAUAUCAUUUUUAUUGCGUUUUGCAGUUGAGCCAACACAAACACAGCACAUUAACUUCAGUAAGAUUUUGUACUAUAUAUUUUGUGUCCUGUCCAAUGGACCUUGGUGAAUGCAGCCAUAUUGUUUGUCCACUUCACUACAGUUUCUUUUCUUUAUGUCUUGCAUAAUUGCAUCAUUUUAGCUAUUUAUCUCCCGCUGUACCUGUUUAUUUAUUAACAUAAGUAUUGGUGUGUUUGUCUGUUCAUAUUUUUUGUACACCAUUGUUUAAAAGGGGACAAAUUGGAAAUUUGUUAUAGUUUUUGAAGUUGGAGCCAUGUCAUGAUGUAGCACAUUUUUGUAGCAGGGUUGCGCAGGUGGAGAGGUUUACUGGUCUCAGGUCUCUGCUACAUUCAUGAUCUAUUUAUUCCAUUUUGAUGGUGGUGGUGCUUUUUGGGCUUUGUGGUAAAGGGAUUGUCAUACAGCUAAUGUUAUGAGUGUUUUAACACCUCCUACCCCAUAUCUCCUGCACAUGAUCUGCUUAUUCUGUGUAAUUCUGUAGGUACUACUGUGAUGCUGACCACUGGGUCUGAGAUCCUGACAUUUUAGUCUAUUUCACAAAUUCUGUAAGGAUUGAAAGAACUGGAGGACAUAGAAAGUGUUACCUGUGUUCACCUCUUCAAAUGUGGUUGUUGGCUCACUUUUUGUCAGUUUAUCUUUUCAGUAUUUGUGGUGUGAUACUGUACUGGUCCUAAACUGUGUCACUUGGCCAACAAAUGUGUAUAAUAUGUGAAAUUUCAAAUUUUAAAAUAGAUAAAAAUUUAAGAGAAAUUGGGAAACACUAUUCUAAUAUUUAUAUAAAAAGUGAUUUAAAGUAACAAGUGGCCUACACUGAUAUAGUGAUCUGGACAUGGUACAGGAAGAAAUGUCAUGUGAAACCCCACUUUUUUUCCUCUUGGUCUGACCUGUGCUUGAUAUUGCAGACUACAUAAUUCUGUGAUAUCUCAGGAAAAAAAAAGAGAAAAACCCAACAACAAACACAUGGCACUGUUUCUUCAGUCUGUGAAUGCUGUCCUAGAAAAACCUGUGAUGUCAUAUGAGUUGGGUUUAAAGCAUCGGUCAAAAAUAGUACUGGUGAUAAACUAGUGCUGUCACUUUCACAUUAGCUCCGUUUUCCACAUUUGGUUUGAUGUAUUCUAGUCACAUCUUUGUUCAAAAAUCUGUGCUGUUGCUAGACCAAAAACUGGCCUACUACGAAACUGCCUGACUACUAUACUGACACCUGACUGGAGCCUUAAACAAGUGUUACUGAGUGAAAAAUAGUGUACCCCAUUCUGAUCCUGCAUCAUCCCCUGAAGAAGAGCUACAACCAGAGCACUUAAGUGUGGCUUAGCUCAUGCUUCUUAAGUCACUUCCUUUUCCAUUUAUCCUGAUUAAAAGUCAAGUUGGUUGAACAUCCAGUUUGUUGACAUGCUCGGGAGGGUAGUUGAGGUAUGAAGCUUUUUUUUUUUUUUUUUUUUUUUUUUCUCCCAAGAUUUUUUUUCUUGAAUAAACUUUCAGUAAUAUAAUAUUUGCCUCUAAUAUGUAGUCUGUUGUUUAUUUAUUGAUCUAAUUUUGGGGAUUUGUAUUUCCGCUAUUGCCAGGGUCUUUGCCCCAUUUUCUCAAACUGGUAAAAGACUCAUUUGAAACCUGGUUAAUAUCCAGCCAAGCGUUCUUUUAGUGAAAGUCCUGUUGAAAUGAAUACAUUUACUGUAAUUUCUUAAACUGCUGUGAUUAUACUUG